GCCGCGCUCCCCCUCAGACGCCGCUUCCGGCGGGAGAAGGAGGCUCUCGGGCUGUGCGUGGUCUCUCCGCCGGGAUGUUCCUGUGACCGGAUUCUACUCAUCCCCCAAUACUUGUCCUCGGGAGAAUGCUGUGAGGCGGGGCGGGCAGCCUACGGCGUCCUCCUCUCUCUGGGCUUUUAUCGCGGACUGUGGAUUCGUCUCCCUUUGGUUUUAGAGCCGUGUGUGCAGGGCUCGUUCCCACAUCACUCGCCCCCUAACGAGGGAAACCUCGCCCCGUCUCCGUUACUCGCCCCCUCCCCCCCAGAGACAUGGCCUCCUCCUCCGGUAACGAUGACGAUCUCACCAUUCCCCGGGCCGCCAUCAACAAGAUGAUAAAAGAGACUCUGCCCAGUGUCCGAGUGGCCAACGACGCCCGGGAGCUGGUGGUGAAUUGCUGCACGGAGUUCAUCCAUCUCAUCUCCUCGGAGGCCAAUGAGAUCUGCAACAAGUCUGAGAAGAAGACCAUCUCCCCCGAGCACGUCAUCCAGGCACUCGAAAGUUUGGGCUUUGGAUCCUACAUCAGCGAGGUAAAAGAAGUACUGCAAGAGUGCAAGACGGUAGCAUUAAAAAGAAGGCAGGCAAAUUCUCGCCUAGAAAACCUCGGCAUUCCAGAAGAAGAGCUUCUAAGGCAGCAGCAAGAGUUGUUUGCAAAAGCCAGGCAGCAACAAGCAGAAUUGGCCCAGCAGGAAUGGCUACAAAUGCAGCAAGCUGCUCAGCAGGCACAACUGGCAGCGGCCUCGGCAAGUGCGACCAACCAAGCGGGCUCCUCCCAGGACGAGGAAGACGACGACAUCUGAAUCUCUCCUGCUGGUUUUUGUAUCCACCAUCUAAAUAGUUUUCAUCUGCACAAUGGAAAAUACGCUCACCUGUACAUUAUUUUUCUUUUUUUUUUAUGCGUCUUUGGUGGACUGGUCAAUUUGGUAUUGUAGGGAUGUCUGUUAAGUCUCCACAAUUGUAUGCUAUGUACAUUUAAAAAAA